AUGGUUGACUGGAAAGCCCUGUUCUCUCCAGCGCCGUCGCUAGACGUGCCUGGCCUGGAAACCGUCGACCUUGCCGACAAGGAGAUGGAGAAGAGAAUUGUCAGGAAACAAGAUCUCCGUAUUCUUCCAUGGAUUUGUGUAACUUACCUCUUGAGUAUGCCAUCUGCCAUCUCAGUUAUACAUCAACCCCCGAAAGGAUUAUUAACUAACACCCCUUUGACAGACUACCUCGACCGUGUCAACCUAGGAAAUGCCCGCACGCUCAACAACGACACGCCCGAAGACAACAUUGUAACCCAGCUCAACCUCACCGGCCAGCGCUACAAUGUUGCCGUCGCCCUCUUCUUCGUCCCCUACGUGCUGAUGGAGUUCCCGUCAAACAUCCUGCUCAAGUACUUCUCCCCUUCCAAGUGGAUCUCCCGUAUUAUGGUCUCCUGGGGAAUCGUCACCAUCUGCACCGCCGCCGUCUCGACCUACGGCGGUCUCCUCGCCGUUCGCAUCAUGCUCGGUCUCGCCGAAGCCGGUUUCUUCCCCGGUAUCAUGAUGUAUCUCUGCUUUUGGUACAAGCCCGAGGAACGCGCGACCCGCAUGGCCAUCUUUGCGUCCUCCGUCGCCGUCGCCGGCGCUUUCGGUGGCCUCCUCGCUACCGCCAUCUCAUUCCUGAACGGCAAGGGUGGGCUCGCGGGCUGGCAGUGGCUCUUCGUCCUCGAGGGCAUCCCCGCCGUCAUCGUGGGUGUCAUGGUCUGGUUCAUGCUUCCCGACUACCCGCAGACGGCCGCCUGGCUCACUCCCGAGGAGCGCGCCUUCGCCGUCAAGCGCCUCGGCCCCUACGCGCCCUCCAUGAAGGACAAGCACUGGGACAGCAAGGUCGCCAAGUCGACGCUCGCCGACCCCUUCUUCUGGCUGUUCGCCGUCAUGUACUUCCUCAUGACCAACUCGCUCAACGCAUUCGGCUACUUCGCUCCCACCAUCGUCUCCUCGCUCGGGUUCAAGGGACACAACGCACAGCUGCUCACCGUCCCGCCCAACGUCUUUGCCAUGUUCGUCAUCAUCGGCAACUGUCUGCACAGCGACAAGACCAAGGAACGUUCCCGCCACGUCAUCGGCGCCCUCAUUUUCGUCGCCACCGGAUACCUGUUGUUGGCUGUCGUGAAGCACUGGGGUGUUCGCUACUUUGCGGUUUGCAUCAUUGCCUGCACCAACGCCGCUGUCCUUCCCUUCGUCGCUGUAAGUUUCUUCCUUGACAAAAAGAAAAAAAAAAAAAAACGAACACAACUUGAAACUUUUGAGAAGUAUAAAAGAAAGCUAACAGGGAGAAAAACAGCAUCGAACUGCUACUGUUCAGGGUUCCACCGCAACAGCCCUGGCGACGGGCGGCAUGAUCGCCAUCGCCAACACGGGCGGCAUUUCUGCCCCGUUCCUCUUCCCCAGCACCGACUCCCCCAUGUACAGCAUGGGCAACUGGACAAUCUUUGGCUUCCUGGCAGCUACUGCCCUGCUCGCCGGCUACGUCUGGUAUGUGUUUGGUAG